AUCGUACUCAGACCAGAACACUUGUUUUAAGCGAAUUAUUAUCUGUUUUCUUGUGAUAUCUACCGUUUGGUUCAUCGAAAAGCAUUCAACAUGGAUAUGGAUUACUCUAACGACUGGAGAAACGCCCACCACAGCACCGGUACCACAAUUAUGGCAGUGGAGUUCGAGGGUGGUGUAGUGAUCGGUGCCGAUUCACGUACCAGCACCGGCACGUACGUAGCGAACCGUGUGACGGACAAGCUCACGAAGCUGACGGACAAAAUCUACUGCUGUCGUUCCGGUUCGGCUGCCGAUACACAGGCGAUCGCCGAUAUCGUUGCUUAUUCACUGAACUAUCACGAGAAUCAAACCGGUGAGGCUCCACUAGUAGAGGACGCGGCGAACGAAUUCCGUCAAUAUUGCUACAACUAUCGCGACACACUGGUCGCCGGUAUUAUCGUAGCCGGAUGGGACGCAAAGCAGGGUGGGCAGGUGUAUUCCGUCCCGGUUGGUGGUAUGCAGAUCCGGCAGAGUGUUACCAUCGGUGGUUCCGGCAGCUCGUACAUUUACGGCUUCGUGAAGGAAAACUAUCGCGAAGGCAUGGCACGGGAUGCGUGCGUAGAGUUUGUGAAAAAAUCCAUCUUCCACGCGAUGUACCACGACGGUAGCUCGGGCGGUGUGUGCCGUAUCGGCGUGAUUACGAAGGAUGGCGUUGAGCGGGAAGUGUUUUUCGCCCCGCGCGAUUAUGAAAAUGUUCCCAGCCGUUCCGGUGCACCACCGAGCGUGUCCGUGCAGGCGUAA